AGGGAGGGACGGAGGGGGCGCUUGGCUGGAGGAGGGGAGCUGCCAAGAGGACGCCUGGCUGGGACAGCAAAGGAGCCCAGGAGAGGCUGCUGUCAGGAAGAGAGCGAGCGACAGAGGAGGAGGAAGGGGCAGCAGGUCCGGGGGGCAGUGCCCAACAGCACCCUCUGCAGCCUGGCACAGGUAAGGCAGGGCAGAGGGGGCAGUGCCACGACUCCUGUCUUUGACUGCGAGAGUCAGGCUUGCUCAGGAACGGCGGAGAUCUUCUUUGCUUCCUAAGAUCUCUUAGUAAGAAAAACACCCAAAUGGAUUUCGCCAACGGAAGCACAGGCCCCCAAAAAGUUAAAUAUGGAAAAUAAAUGGUUGAGGUACUCAGAUUUGUUGUUAGAGGUUUUAAAUUAAAACCAUUUGAACAAAUUAAAGAUAAAGUGAAUUGGUUGCAAUAUUAUCAAAUUAAUGAAAUAUAUAAGAUGGAUGGGAGAAACGGUUUUGCAACCGAAAAAACCAAAUUGGAAACGGAGUUGUUAGAUGCUAAAGUUAAGAAUAUGUCUAAAAUGUAUAAUUUGUUGUUGGAGUGGCAUACAAAGGAUGAACAGGUUCAAUCGGUUAUGAUUGAUUGGGCAAGAGAUGUGGGACAUAAUAUAAGGGCAGCGGAGAUCUUCUUUGCUCCACCCUUGCAAUUGCCGGGGGCUGCACAACGAAAUAUUCAGAGGCCCAUAUUCCAAGCAAGGGGGUCCCAAAGUGGAUGGUGCAGCCCCCUGCAGGAGGGUGGGUUUUAUCUGGGGGGGCAAGGGGCAGCAGGGGCACAGGAGCUUUUAAGUGACUCUCUGAAAAUCUGGAUCAAGCUCGUCAGUUUUCUUUAAUCGAUUCAACUCGAUAGCCUCAACUGGAUUUUGAAUAUAUAACGGCGUUGUAGGGAUGGGAGGGACCCCAAGGGGUCAUCUAGUCCAACCCCCUGCAAUGCAGGGGACACAGCUGAAGAAUCCCGGACAGGUGACCAUUCACCUCUGUAUAAAAGAUGCAGAAGAGUCCACAACUUUCCCAGGGAGUCGGUUCCGCUGUUGGAGAGCUCUUGCCGCCUGAAAGUUCUUCCUGAUGUUCAGUUGGAAUCUCCUUCCUGGAAAUUUGAAUCUGUUGGAUCGGGUCCUCCCCUCCAGAGCAGGAAUAAACAAGCAGUCAGUGUGCAAUUAAGUGUUCCUGCUUUGAACCUUACUCUGUCGUCAUCUGCCGUACUGGGUCAUGCCACCCACUAUUCUGAACAAGUCUUUUUAUAGGGUAGGUGGCGCCAGGGAGGAGUUGAUGGAACCGAGGCGGUGUGGGGUCCCGGAAAAGUUUGGGGGCCGCUGGUCCUAGCCAUCUGGGGGCAGCAGCCGGAGCCAGGGGGCACCCCUGCUGAAAUAGACUCGGAGUCGAGAGUGGAUUUUAUGUUCUUUAUUCAGCUCAUAGUGGUGAGGAGGAAUGGAAGUUCCACCAGAAUGUCUGCUUUAUAUACAUUAUUUACAUAACGGGCCCCACAUGAUUGGCUAAUUCCGGGAUUCUCCUGUAGGCCAAUCAGGUUGUGGAUUCAGUUCCAUCUGGAGCUGGAUUGGGUGGCUCCUGUGGACCAAUCAGACUGCUGCAUUCUGAAUCCUAUUGUUCUAGGACCAAUCAGACUGCUGCAUUCUGGAUCCUAUUGUUCUAGGACCAAUCAGACUGCUGCGUUCUGAAUCCUAUUGUUCUAGGACCAAUCAGACUGCUGCGUUCUGAAUCCUAUUGUUCUAGGACCAAUCAGACUGCUGCGUUCUGAAUCCUAUUGUUCUAGGACCAAUCAGACUGCUGCAUUCUGAAUCCUAUUGUUCUAGGACCAAUCAGACUGCUGCAUUCUGGAUCCUAUUGUUCUAGGACCAAUCAGACUGCUGCAUUCUGAAUCCUAUUGUUCUAGGACCAAUCAGACUGCUGCAUUCUGAAUCCUAUGGUUCUAGGACCAAUCAGACUGCUGCGUUCUGAAUCCUAUUGUUCUAGGACCAAUCAGACUGCUGCGUUCUGAAUCCUAUGGUUCUAGGACCAAUCAGACUGCUGCAUUCUGGAUCCUAUUGUUCUAGGACCAAUCAGACUGCUGCAUUCUGGACCCUAUUGUUCUAGGACCAAUCAGACUGCUGCGUUCUGAAUCCUAUUGUUCUAGGACCAAUCAGACUGCUGCAUUCUGGACCCUAUUGUUCUAGGACCAAUCAGACUGCUGCAUUCUGGAUCCUAUUGUUCUAGGACCAAUCAGACUGCUGCAUUGUGGAUCCUGUUCAACUCAGUACAUAACACUCGCCAUCUGCUGGAGCUUUCCAGGAGUCCUUGAGCAAAAGACGCCUUCAGAAACGGCAUCACUUACAAGGACGGUGCCCGUAGCCCCUUCCUGGUGCAGACCAUGUGAAAUAUACUCGGAUUCGAGAGUGGAUUUCAUGCUCUUUAUUCAGCUCAUAGUGGUGAGGAGGGAUGGAAGUUCCCCCAUAGUAUCUGCUUUAUAUACAUUAUUUACACAAUGGGCCCCACGUGACUGGCUAGUUCCGGGAUUCUCCUGUAGGCCAAUCAGGUUGUGAAUUCACUUCCAUCUGGAGCUGGAUUGGGUGGCUCCUGUGGACCAAUCAGACUGCUGCAUUCUGGAUCCUAUUCAACUCAGUACAUAACACCCUGUCAAUCUUCUUUCCUGUCCACAGAGAUGCUCUGUGCUGGCCAGGUGGGGGGCCUGGAGAUCAGUCCAUGGGGCUGUGAGGCGCCCUGCCCAUGUGUGGUCCUCUGGGACUGUGGAGCUGAGAGGCGCCUGCCUUUCAAGGAGAAGAGAGCUGUGCUGCUCUCCUGUGGAGGUGGAGAGGCAUUUUAUUUUAUGUAUUAAAUUUGCAGCCAUCCGUUCUGGCUCAUUCCCUGGGACUGGAGAAGGGCGCUGUCAGAGCUGGCUCCAGGUCCCAGCUCACAGAGGACCAACGCUAGCCGGCAGUAAUGUACAAAAGUCUUUAUUGAAGUACAGUUUCCAUUUUCAAGCCGGAGCGCCCCAGCUCUACGUCUAGGGGUUAGAUCGGCGAAGCUCCAUCUGAGUCUCCGCCCCUGUACACCAGUUUAAGAUUCUAGCCUUACUCCACCUCUUACGUCUCUCCUUUCUCCUCUGGGUCCUGCUACCCCCCGGGGUCCCUUCCUUCCUGGAUUCUUCUGACGCUGACCCUCCUGACUCCUCCCCCUCUUUUCGGCGGGCUUUGGGACCUGGCUCCCUAUCCGGGCUGCCAACUGCGCCGCCCUCCUGUACAUUUGAACUUGGCGCGCGCGCCCAGCCUUCAACCUUCCUCUCGACCGUUUCCUCGCUCCCCGAUGGAGGCGUGGCCAAUCCUGACUCAUGUCCUCCCACUGGCAGUGCGCCGCCUGAUCCCGAUGCCUGGGACUCCUCCCCCCCUACUGCACUCUGGUGUGGACGCUGGUCCUGAUUUCCAACUGCUGCUCUCUGAGUCCCCUCUGGCCCCUUCUUCCUGGGGUGUCCCCUCGGCACCCCCUUGCUCUGACCAAGGGAGCCCCUUUCUGUGAAUCUUCCGAUUCGCUGGAAAGACUCAGAGACCUCGGACCGCUGUCAUCGCUAACAUUUCCUUCGGACUCCUCCCCCUCGCUCUCUAUUUCCUCCCUUUCCUGUGCCUCUGCUCCUGAACCCCUGACAGGCGCCCAGUUCUGCGCACCAUUUCUCCACUAGAGGCCAAAGGGAAAAUGCCUUGCCAUUGCUGUAUGCCCACUCCAUGCCCACCCAAAGCCUCCUUCUCCACUGGGUGGCAGGGGCAGAGAGGAGAAAAACUGCAAGUACCCACCUUGAGGUCCUCAGAGGAAAGUGGGAAUAUAAAUUAAGGUUGCCAGACGUCCCCGUUUCCCGGGGACAGUCCCCGGAUUUGCAAACCAGUCCCCAUACAAAAUCCACUGAAGUUGAAAAGUGUCCCCGGAUUCACUGAAAAAAAAUCUGGUAACCUUAAUAUAAAUGUAGUAGAAUAAUAGAACCGUAGAACUGUAAAGUUGGGAGGGUCUAUUAGUCAUUGCAGGAAUAGAAUAAAAUCAAAUAUUGCAGGGAGCAGUCCCAGUGCCAGUCCUGCAACCCAGAUCAGGAAUUGCAAAAUGAACGGUCAGUUCUCCAACCGCAGGCCUGGGUGCAGGAUGAGGCUCAGGCACACCCACCCACUGAGAGCCUAUCGAGAGGCUGCAAGAGGACACCUCCCUCUCCUCCCAGCCAGCUCGGGGGGUGGGGGUGCCAAGACCUACCUGGCUUGACUCUGCCCUUGAUCCUUGCAUUGUCCCAUCCAGUGGGAUGCCCUGGAUAGUUCAGUUAGCUAGUUUGUGGGUCCUGAUAAUGCCAAAGUUGCAGGUUCAAUCCCCAAAUGGGGCAGCUGAAUAUUCCUGCAUUGCAGGGGGUUGGGCUGGAUGACCUUCAGGGUCCCUCUCAACUCUAUGAUUCUAGGAUUAAUAUCUUUUGUGGAUAAUAAUAAUAAUAAUAAUAAUAAUAAUAAUAAUAAUUUAUUUAUACCCCUCCCUUCCCGGUUCAAAAAGCAGGCUCUGGGGGGCUAACAACAAAUUUAAAAUACUUAAUUGUAAAAGCAGCAUAAAAUACAGCAUAAAAACAUGAAUAACAAUAAAAUUCAAAAUUCAGAAAUCAAUUUAGGGGAAAUAAGCAUUAGAUGGGCCGCGGGUUGCGCUGUGGGUUAAACCACAGAGCCUAGGACUUGCUGAUCAGAAGGUUGGCGGUUCAAAUCCCCGCGACGGGGUGAGCUCCCGUUGCUCGGUCCCUGCCCCUACCAACCUAGUAGUUCGAAAGCUCGAAGUGCAAGUAGAUAAAUAGGUACCACUCCUGUGGGAAGGUAAACGGCGUUUCCGUCCACUGCUCUGGUUCGCCAGAAGCUGCUUAGUCAUGCUGGCCACAUGACCCGGAAAGCUGUCUGCGGACAAAUGCCGGCUGCCUCGGCCAAUAAAGCGAGAUGAGCACCGCAACCCCAGAGUCGGCCAUGACUGGACCUAAUGGUCAGGGGUCCCUUUUAUCUUUACCUUUAAGCAUUAGAUAAUCCCCAGGGCUAGCUGGCUGAAUUGGUCCUAUUUGGGCCAGUGAGGAGACCAGGGGAGAAUUAGCUGUGGGAUCCCAGAGCGGGUAAUCUUCAUAAAAAGGGGAGGGGGAGGGAAGGAAGGGGAAUAAAAGAUCAAGCUGAAUUCAAAUUGAAAGCCAUGCGGAAUAGCUCUGUCUUGCAGGCCCUGCGGAAGGAGGUUAAAUCCUGCAGGGCCCUGGUCUCCUGGGACAGAGCAUUCCACCAGGUCGGAGCCAUCACUGAGAAGGCCCUGGCUCUGGUGGAGGAUAGUCUGGCUUCCUUAGGGCCUGGGACCUCUGAACUAUGGUUAUUCAUGGACCUUAAGGUCCUCUGCGGGGGCAGACCAGGAGAGGUGGUCCCAUAGAUACGAGGGCCCUAAGCCACAAAGGGCUUUAAAGGUCAAGACCAGCAACUUGAACCUGACCCUGUACUCCACCGGGAGCCAGUGCAACUGGUAAAACAUAAAUGACGACAUAAAAGUAAAAUGCGGGCACGGAGGUUCUGGGUGCUGCUUGCAUGAUGAGACCUGGGUGUUGGUGGUAAAGGAGAAGCAGCUGGGUAGUAAUCUGCCUGCAAGAGCCCAUUGAUCUCGUUGGGUGCAGUCAAAUUAAUUACCAGUAUUAUUCUUAAUUAGUUUAUUAUCUGCCCUUCACCCCAAGGUUCCCUGGCGGGUUCGUGCAUUGAAACCAAUUUAAAACGAGGGCAUUAAUUAAAUCAGUGCACUAACCACCUGCGUUGCUCAAGAGACAGGCAUCCAGUGAGGAUUCUUGCCUCAUAAUGCCUCAGGGGAUGUUUCAUUCCUCAGUCCAGAGACAUACCUGAAAAGAAACUGGGUGAAAUGGCAAUAUUUUCAGUCUCCUGACUGGGUGUUCUCAGAUUACUCUGCAAUUAUGUGAACUGUGCUACCGAGACCAGCAGUUCCCAGACUUUUUUGGGCACCUCCCCAAAAGCAUUCCUGACAGAUGUCCAUCCGACCUCUGCUUAAAAACCUCCAAGGAGGGAGAGUCCGCCAUCUUCCGAGUCAGAAUCUCCUUCCUUGUGACUUGAAGCCAUGGGUUCGAGUCCUGCCCUCCAGAGCGGGAGAAAACAAGCUUGCUCCACCUUCCACGGGACAGCUCUUCAGAUAUUUGAAGAUUUACGUGAGUCAAUCGCCGCUCCCUUUCUCCCUCUCUCGCUCACGUACCCCCGACAAUUCCAUUUCCACCCACGGCUCAUCGAAUCCCAGAACUGUAGAGUUGGAAGGAGACCCCCAAAGGACAUCUAGUCCUACCCUCUGCAAUGCAAAAUAAUUUAAAAGGGCAUUUGGAGGGCCGGCAGAAAUUCCGCUGUGGAAGCUCUUCCCUGUUCAGGGAAGUUUUUAAUGUGUGGCAUUUUAGCGUAUUUUUGGUCUUUGUUGGAAGCGGCCCAGAGUUGCUGGGGAAACCCAGCCAGAUGGGCAGGGUACAAAUAAAUAAUAAUAAUAAUAAUAAUAAUAAUAAUAAUAAUAAUAAUAAUUCCAGGCAUUUGGAAGGGGAAAGCUGCACCUGUUAUGAUUCUGCCUGUCACCUGGCUGUUUGAGGCACACAGCAGAAAAACGGGCAGCAACCUCAGUUCCUUUUCUCUGGAGUUUGGACAGGGAGGAAUGGAGCAAAGUGCAGGGCAGGCAGGUGAUGGGGUGAGGUGGGUGGGGUCAACGAACGCUUGCUGCACCAGCUGUUGCCCCAGGUGCCCUGAUUUGUCUGCCGCAGGUUCAGGAUCCUCUCUCCAGGUGAUAGAGGCCUAGGACUGUAGAUUGGAAGGGAUCCCCAGGGUAGCCUUAGCCUUAAAAGCGAAACACCUGCUUCUUGAGGCACAGGCACAGUAUUGCCAAAAAGCCUUCCUGCAUAGCUCAACUGGGUAGAGCGUGGGGCUGAUAAGUCCAAGGUUGCAGGUUUGAUCCCUAUCUGGGACAGCUGUGUCUUCUUGCAUGAUCCUCAGGGUCCCCACUCCCAACUCUACAGUUCUAUGAUUCUGUGAUUCCCUAAUCACAGAGGCGGUUGAAGAAUGGAUGGCGGCUAACGGAUUGAGGUUGAAUCCUGACAAGACAGAAGUACUGUUUUUGGGGGACAGGGUGUGGGCGGGUGUGGAGGACUCCCAGGUCCUGAAUGGGGCAACUGUGCCCCUGAAGGACCAGGUGUGCAGCCUGGGAGUCAUUCUGGACUCAAAGCUGUCCAUGGAGGCGCAGGUCAAUUUUGUGUCCAGGGCAGCUGUCUACCAACUCCACCUGGUAAGCGGGAUGAGACCCUCCCUGCCCGCGGACUGUCUGGCCAGAGUGGUGCAUGCUCUAGUUAUCUCUCGCUUGGACUACUGCAAUGCGCUCUGUGUGGGGCUACCUUUGAAGGUGACCCGGAAACUACAACUAAUCCAGAAUGAGGCAGCUAGACUGGUGACUGGGAGCGGCCGCCAAGACCACAUAACACCGGUCUUGAAAGACCUACACUGGCUCCCAGUACGUUUCCGAGCACAAUUCAAAGUUUUGGUGCUGACCUUUAAAGCCCUCAACGGCCUCAGCCCAGCAGACCUGAAGGAGCGUCUCCACCCCCAUCGUUCUGCCCGGACACUGAGGUCCAGCUCUGAGGGCCUUCUGGCGGUUCCCUCACUGCGAGAAGCCAAGUUUCAGGGAACCAGGCAGAGGGCCUUCUUGGUGGUGGCACCCGCCCUGUGGAACGCCCUCCCACCAGAUGUCAAAGAGAAAAACAACUACCAAACUUUUAGAAGACAUCUGAAGGCAACCCUGUUUAGGGAAGUUUUUAAUGUUUGAUGCUUUACUGUAUUUUAAUAUUGUGUUGGAAGCCACCCAGAGUGGCUGGGGAAGCCCAGCCAGAUGGGCGGGGUAUAAAUAAAUUAUUAUUAUUAUUAUUAAAUACCUGACAGCCAGCUGGUUGUUGGCUGUUUCAGAAGCAAGAGGAACUUUGACAGGCGUCAGUCACCUGGUGUCAUUAUGAAGUCAGAGGAUUGACAGCUGGGCUGCCCCACCCACCUGCCCAAGCUGGCUUGGGGGGUUGGGAAGAGAAGACUGUGGCCCCAUUGGGUCAAAGAAAGGUCCCCCUCCUUUCUCCAAAUGCUCACGUUUCCCCAGCAGCUUGUGGGGUCCAGAGAGUACCCAGGUUUGCCCCCUCCCCAGUAAACGUAACCCACUGGGACAAGGGAGCUAUCCCAUAAUAGCUACAACUGAGCCAGCGGCUGCUCAGCCAAGGACCUUUCCCCCUCACCAGGAUGGCCUUAUCUCUGUUUGCUCAGCGAAGGAGAGGCCGUGCCAGUUUUCCAUGCCAUGUUUCUCUGACGCUGGUGCCCUGGCACUUAAGGAAAACACCUCCUUGCAAACAGAACCUCCUUGCAACAACCUUCCCGUUUGUGACAGCAAGCAGGUCUCCCCGGAGGAGCAGGCAAGAAGGGGAGCCUGUGCAUCAGAGCGCAGGCCUCCAGGAAUAAUAAUAAAUUUUUAUUUAUACCCCGCCCUUCCUGGUUCAAAAACCGGGCUCAGGGCGGCUAACAACAAAUUUAAAAACACUUUAAAACACUUAAUUGUAAAAGCAGCAUAAAAUACAGUAUAAAAACAUGAGUAACAAUAAAAUUCUAAAGACAAAAAUCAAUUAGAUAAUCCCCAGGGCUAGCUGGCUGAGUUGGUCCUACUUGGGCCAGUGAGGAGACCAGGGGAGAAUUAGCUGUGGGAUCCCAGAGCAGGUGAUCUUCAUAAAAGGGGAGGGGGAGAGAAGGGAAAUAAAAGAUCAGGCUGAAUUCAAAUUAAAGGCCAGGCGGAAUAGCUCUGUCUUACAGCCCUGCGGAAAGUGGUUAAAUCCUGCAGGGCCCUGGUCUCCUGGGAGAGAGCGUUCCACCAGGUCAGAGCCAUCACUGAAAAGGCCCUGGCCCUGGAGGAGGAUAGUCUGACUUCCUUAGGGCCCGGGACCUCUAGACUAUGGGAAGUGUCUUUCUCACAGUCGCCAAUCAGCAGGCUCUCCUUACGCGCUUAUGAUCCUGCGCAGAGCAUGCAGCUGUCGUGACUACCAGCCCUUGAGAGUGCCUUAAAAAAAAGUUCUUAUUUUCUUGGAUACACAUUUUAAGUCUAUUUAAUUAGUACAGUGGUACAGUGGUGCCUCGCAAGACGAAAAGAAUCCGUUCUGGGAGUCUCUUCGUCUAGCGGUUUUUUCGUCUUGCGAAGCAAGCCCAUUGACGGGAUUAGCGGAUUAGCGCUAUUAGCGCUAUUAGCGGCUUAGCGGCUUUUAGCGGCUUUUAGCGGCUUUUAGCAGCUUAUCAGCUUAUCGGAUAAGCAGAUAAGCGGCUUAGCGACUUAGAAAAGAGGGGGAAAGGAAAAAAAACCCAGGAACUCGCAAGACAUUUUCGUCUUGCGAAGCAAGCCCAUAGCAGAUUCGUUUUGCGAGGCACCUCCAAAACGGAAAACUCUUUCGUCUAGCGAGUUUUCCGUCUUGCGAGGCAUUCGUCUUGCGGGGCACCACUGUACCUCGGGUUACAUACGCUUCAGGUUACAGACUCUGCUAACCCAGAAAUAGUGCUUCAGGUUAAGAACUUUGCUUCAGGAUGAGAACAGAAAUUGUGCUCCGGCGGCGCAGCAGCAGCAGGAGGCCCCAUUAGCUAAAGUGGUGCUUCAGGUUAAGAAUAGUUUCAGGUUAAGAACAGACCUAGGAGCCUUUUUUUUAGUUGGUGGCCGUCCUAGCCUCUUGUGGCAGUGAGUUCCACAGUUUAACAAAGCCCUGUGUGAAUAGUCACAUAUUUUUCUCUGCCCUAAAUCUUCCAGGGUGCAGCAGCCAUGCUAGGUGACUCUGCUGGGAUGCAGAGAGAGUUCUGUGUGCUUCUAGCUCAGGGGUCAGUACCCUUUUUCAGCAGGGGGCCGGACCACACUGUCUCUCAGACCUGGUGGGGGGGCCCGACUAUAUUUUUUUUUGGGGGGGGGGAAUGAACAAAUUCCUAUGCACCACAAAUAACCCAGAGAUGCAUUUUAAAUAAAAUCUCACUGUAUACAAGUUGUACAAGUGACAAUAAAGUAUUUCAAAAGGGCACAUUCUACUCAUGUAAGAACACGCUGAUUCCUGGACCGUCCAUGGGCCAGAUUUAGAAGGCGAUUCGGCCGAAUCCGGCCCCCGGGCCUUAGUUUGCCCACCCAUGUUCUAGGAGAUCAGUAUUUGCAAGUGCGAUUCAAGUGCAUGUCAAAUGUUUAGCUUUGUGACCUCGAGGGAGAAUCAAGUACUCUGCUGUUUUGGUGCAACACACACACAACACAUUUUGCAAUUUGGCGAGUAAUGGAGAAAUGCCUUGAAAACUAGGCUGAAUGAAUGACUGAAGGCACAGAAACAAUAGCAAAGAAGGGUGAAUGCUCAAUAAGGACCAGAUGCGAUCUAACCUCUGCUUAAGCUUUGUGCAAACAAAUCAGGAAUUAUUAUAAGAUUGUCUUGAGAGUACUCUGAAAGAGGAGAAAGACAAUCUCUCUGUUCUCUGCGAAGCCUGGUCCAGGAUGCUAGACUAGCCCCUUAAGCUCAGACUGGGUGGAUUUGGCCUGGCAUGAGGGACCUGUAACAAAUGUAGAAAAAUGGAUGAAUUUAUCACACCAUUCCCCCCCUUCUGCACCUACUGCAGCCAAGUACAGUCCAUAACUUCCUCUAGACCUUUUCCAGUUAAUUGCACCAUCCCCUGACGACUGCAGGCUGGUUGGUGGUUGUAACAUUUCCACAAGUCCCAUUGAGCAGCCCAUGGACAGGUUUUUGCGCUUUCUCUGGGUGUGGUUCCCACAGCUUCUUAUCUCCAGCUUUUAGCCAUGCAGCCAGAAAAGCGCUUCCAGCUGGUUUGGUGCAUUCCUCAGUCUGCAUUUCUGACACUGUGUGAUAAUUCUGGGUCUGCAGACAGACCAGAGGAAGGAGGGAUGGCUUCAAACGACUUCCUUUCUUAGACCAACUUCUGCAACAGCCUCUGGAACCUGACGGGAACUGCCUGGGCCAUGAGAAAGCCCUCAACUCACCCACUUCUUAAUGUCUCAAAGUUACUCCAAGUUACUUGGACGAUUGCCUCUGGGAAUCUGCCCACCCUGUCAGAUCAGCUGCAGAGACACUCUUGAGAGACCCUGCAACAUAGUUCUCCUGAGGUUCAGAUGGAGGCAGCGAGGGAGAGACCCUUCAGGUGUGGACCUCCCCACCUCAAGAGGUUAGCUUUUCUCUUCUUCUUUCUUUGGCUGUCACCGGCCACGGAAAACUUUCCUUUACAAGCAAGCUUUUCAUCCUGUUGCGGAUUCCUGGUUCUGCUCUUUCAGGUUCCGCUGCUCCUUCUCGCCACAGCUGUCUAAGUCCCCUGCCCUCCAGGCUUUCCCCCAAACAAUUGGAGACUAUGCCUGCAGGAAGUGAACUUCUCCACCACCCUCUUCAUGCCUCUUCUGGUCCUGGGAGACCAGCAGGGAGAGGAGUUGUUGCAGUGGGAGAGGGGGAGAGAGAGACACCCAUGCCUUUUCUAUAAUAAUAAUAAUAAUAAUAAUAAUAAUUUUUUAUUUAUAUCCCACCCUCCCCAGCGAAAGCUGGGCUUAGAGCGGCUAACAACAAUAAAAGUAACACAGCAUUCUAAAAUCAAUUCAUUCUAAAAUCAAUUCAGAAUCAAAUUCAUAGCAACCAUUGGGCUAGAGUUCUCUGAGGAUUACCAAAGAAGGGGGUCAGACUGUGCUUUGGCCAAAGGCCUGGUGGAACAGCUCCGUCUUGCAGGCCCUCCGGAAAGAUGUCAAGUCCCGCAGGGCCCUGGUCUCUUGGGACAGAGCGUUCCACCAGAUCGGGGCCACAGCCGAAAAAGCCCUGCCUCUGGUUGAGGCCAGCCUAACCUCCCUGUGGCCUGGGACCUCCAAGAUGUUUUUGUUUGAAGACCGUAAGGUCCUCCGCGGGACAUACCAGGAGAGGCGGUCCCGUAGGUACGAGGGUCCUAGGCUGUAUAGGGCUUUAAAGGUUAAAUCCAGCACCUUAAACCUGACCCUGUACUCCACCGGGAGCCAGUGCAGCUGGUAUAGCACUGGAUGAAUGGGAUCCCGUGGCGAAGACCCCGUAAGGAGUCUCGCAGUGGCAUUCUGCACCCGCUGGAGUUUCUGGGUCAGUCUCAAGGGCAGCCCCACGUAGAGCGAGUUACAACAGACUCAUUUCUGCCUCUUUUCCUCUCUCUUCUCCUGCUUCCACUUCUGCCUCUGAGUCUGGACUUCUCUCUGCCACAAACUCUCCCUGCUCACUAAGCCCUGUUACCCCUUCAGCUUCUGAUGUGGGAAUGUUCAGGGAGGCAAGAGAAGAUAUAUUGUUUAUUAAUAUCCUUCCUAACUUGUGCUAGCAAGUUCUAUCACUUAGCAGAGUUUACAUUCCCCUUCUCACGCACAGCAGAUAGCUGGUUGCAGGCUCGUGUGAGCCUCUCACUAUUAUACAAUUCAAUCUGUCUCAGAUUGAAUUGUAUAGUUCCUGGUUGUUGUUGUUGUUGUUUAGUCAUUUAGUCGUGUCCGCCUCUUCAUGACCCCUUGGACCAGAGCACGCCAGGCCCUCCUGUCUUCCACUGCCUCCCUCAUACUGGUAGCUUCAAGAACACUGUCCAACCAUCUCGUCCUCUGUCGUCCCCUUCUCCUUGCACCCUCCAUCUUUCCCAACAUCAGGGUCUUUUCCAGGGAGUCUUCUCUUCUCAGGAGGUGGCCAAAGUCUUGGAGCCUCAGCUUCACAAUCUGUCCUUCCAGUGAGCACUCAGGGCUGAUUUCCUUCAGAAUGGAGAGGUUUUGAUAGUUCCUGGUAAAUUCCCUUUAGUCCCUCUUGAAAGAAUAAACACACGGCAAUCUUAUUCAAAGUCAAUAAAAGAAGUUUGCCCACAUCAGUUCACAGUCGGAUUCAUGAAGGCAGACUUAGUUACAAAUAUAUACAUGUGGCUCUACCCCAUGAGGAGGCAAACCCAGUGCUUCUGCUAGCUGAGAAGCUAUCAGGUCACUCCAAGAUAAGAAGCUGGGCAAACGAUGAAGGAAGCGGGGGGAAAUGAUAGAGGGUGGCAGCAUGCUUUGUCCUUUUGUUACCUGGACAGGUAAGGUCGUGCCCACCUCUGGUCACAUGCAAGAGGAAAGAUGCUCCAGUCAGGAGGAAGAGGAAGUUUUGACUGGCUGGACCAAACAUUCCCACGCAUGUCCAGUCUAGGAAGACAAGGAAUGUUGUACAUCACUGCUCCCAGUGGAUCACAUCCCACACCUGACACCUCUUCCUCCCCAUCUUCUUCCUUUUCUCCCUCUGACCACAAAUUGACCCACACACCCCAGUCCCUGAGCUCUGAGCUUUCUUCCCUGGGGGGGCUCCCCACCCGGUGCCUCCCACCAUUCCUCUCUGCGUCCAACCAGCCCAUGACAAUGGGCCAUAGUCCUGAUCCAUCAGGACUCUUCCUGUGGUCUAAGGAAAGCAGAGUAAAGGUGAAAGUAAAGGGACCCCUGACCAUUAGGUCCAGUCGUGGCUGACUCUGGGGUUGCGGCGCUCAUCUCACUUUAUUGGCCGAGGGAGCUGGUGUACAGCUUCGGGGUCAUGUGGCCAGCAUGACUAAGCCGCUUCUGGCGAACCAGAGCAGCGCAGGGAAACGCCGUUUACCUUCCCGCCGGAGUGGUACCUAUUUGUCUACUUGCACUUUGAGGUGCUUUCGAACUGCUAGGUUGGCAGGAGCAGGGACCGAGCAACGGGAGCUCACCCCAUAGCUGGGAUUUGAACCGCUGACCUUCUGAUCGGCAAGCCCUAGGCUCUGUGGUUUAACCCACAGCGCCACCCGUGUCCCAGGAAAGCAGAGUAGAAUUUUCAUAAAUGGAUAAAUAAAUGUCGCAGGCGCUGUCGAAUUGGAACGGAUGCCCCAGAGGAGGCAUGGGGUCUUUGCCUUCCUGGGCCGCCUCUUGCCAUUUGCACUGACCCUGAGAAUUCUCCCGAUGUUCUGUUCCGGAAGGUUCUGCUCUGUCGCUCACAAGGCAAGAGAACCCCCUGGAGUCGCUGGGACCCAAGUUCAAGCUCUGGCGAGGGAAGGAUGAGGGUCCUCAGCCCCAAGGCGGAAUGAGAAGGGCGCUGGGGGCCACCUGAGCAUGGAGCAAUGGCAGGUGAGGGGAAGGGUGACAAUCUCUAAAGGGGCCCUGAAAUUCCCAGGUAAUAAUAAUAAUAAUAAUAAUAAUAAUAAUAAUAAUAAUUUAUUUAUAUUCCGCCCAUCCGGCUGGGUUUCCCCAGCCCCUCUGGGCAGCUGCCAACAGAUUAAAAACAGAAUAAAACUUCACACAUUAAUAAUAAUAAUAAUAAUAAUAAUUUAUUUAUACCCUGCCCUUCCCGACCAGAGCUGGGCUCAGGGUGGCUAACACCAGUAAAAUUACAGUAAAAACAUAAUAAGGGGGGGGGGGAACCAAUUUAAAAUACGUUAAAAUGCAAUUUAAAAUGCAGCCUCAUUUUAAAAGUCAAAACCAUAAGGGGAGGGAAACAUAAGGGUCAGAGUGAGUCCAAACCAAAGGCCAGGCGGAAAAGCUCUGUCUUGCAGGCGCUGCGGAAAGAUGGCAAGUCCCACAGGGCCCUGGUCUCUUGUGACAGAGCGUUCCACCAAGUCCGGGCCAGUGCUGAAAAGGCCCUGGCCCUUGUUGAGACCAGCCUAACCUCCCUGUGGCCUGGGAUCUCCAAGAUGUUUUUGUUGAAGACCAUAAGGUCCUCCGUGGGACAUACCAGGAGAGGCGGUCUUGUAGGUACGAGGGUCCUAGGCCGUAUAGGGCUUUAAAGGUCAAAACCAGCACCUUAAACCUGACCCUGUACUCCACUGGGAGCCAGUGCAGUUGGUAAAGCACUGGGUGAAUGUGAUCCUGCGGCAAGGACCCCGUAAGGAGCCUCGUCGCAGCAUUCUGAAAAUUAAAAUUUUCCCUAAACCGGGGUGCCUUCUAAAAGUCAGAUAGUUGUUUAUUUCCUUGAUAUCUGAUGGCAGAGCAUUCUACAGGGCUGGUGCAACCACCGAGAAGGCCCUCUGCCUGGUUCUGUUAGGUGCUAUCAUGGAGCAACCCCCUAGUCAAUUCUGUGUCCAGGGGGGCUGUCUACCAGCUCCAUCUGGUAUGCAGGAUGAGACCCUAUCUGCCCGCAGACUGUCUCACCAGAAUGGUGCAUGCUCUGGUUGUCUCCUGCUUGGACUACUUCAAUGCACUCUAUGUGGGGCUACCUUUGAAGGUGACCUGGAAACUACAACAAAUCCUGAAUGCGGCAGCUAGACUGGUGACUGGGAGCGGCCGCCGAGACCACAUAACAUCGGUCUUGAAAGACCUACAUUGGCUCCCAGUAUGUUUCCGUGCACAAUUCAAAGUGUUGGUGCUGACCUUUAAAGACCUAAACGGCCUUGGCCCAGUAUACCUGAAGGAGUGUCUCCACCCCCAUCAUUCAGCCCGGACACUGAGGUCCAGCGCCGAGGGCCUUCUGGCGGUUCCCUCCCUGCGAGAAGCCAAGUUACCAGGAACCAGGCAGAGGGCCUUCUCAGUGGUGGCACCUGCCCUGUGGAACACCCUCCCACCUGAUGUCAAAGAGAACAACAACUACCAGACUUUUAAAAGACAUCUGAAGGCAGCCCUGUUUAGGGAAGCUUUUAAUAUUUGAUGCAUUGCUGUAUUUUAAUAUUGUGUUGGAAGCCACCCAGAGUGGCUGAGGAAUCCCAGCCAAAUGGGCGGAGUAUAAAUAAUAAAUUGUUAUUAGUAUUAUUAUUACUUGAAGAAGAUAACAGUGCUUACCCAGAUCUCAUUGCCAUUUGUGAACCCAUUCAGGCUUCAGCGCACCAGAAAUGUAGCUCCAUCACUGGGCCCAGGGAUGCCACCAGAAACCAGAUGCUUGUUUUUUGGUCAGUCGCUCUGGCGCGGGUCAGCUGCCUCCUGCCAGAAUGCCCAGUCAUAGAAUGAGCGCCUUUUGCUCGGGUGCCAGGUGAGGCCCCUACAGCUGCCUCUUCCCGCUUGGAAAAACCAGGAUUUGCUGGGACACUGGCAGAAAACGUGAUGGAGGAAUCGUUUCCGCGGCUGCCCCGGGAGAAAGGGGGCAGUUGACGGGUAUGCAGAAACUGGGGGAAUGGGAAGCUGCUUAUAACCAGGUUGCCUCCAGUCUGUCGGUAUUUUGCAGGAGGAGUUCACCUUUACAUUUGUGCAUUUAAAAUGGAUUCAAGUUCUUUUGCCGUGGCACAACAAAGUCGCAACACCAGCAAAGCACCAGACUUUUUGCGCCACUCCAUAUGACCCAUUUACUGAGCAUCCUUCCUGAUUUGCUUGCCCAAAGCGUACGCAGAAAUUAAACCAAGGAGGGGAGGACCACGCCUUGAGCAACUUGCAGGGAAGAUGGGAUAUAAAUGUCAUGAACAGAGCAGCUGGCAUCAGUUUCCCACCCGCUCUGGUCAAGAUGCCAACCUGGGGGCUUCCGAUUAUUGAGCUCUGGGCGUGCUCGAAUCCUGGACGGGCCAAACGAGGCUGGCUGAUGUGUGUCGGGCAAACGGGUCCACAGAACCCUCAAUUCUGCAAGCAGCUCGUGGUGUCGAAAUUCUUCCUAAUUCAUCAGGAGCAAUUUUUGUGUCAAUCCUUCGCUGUCCCUCUUACAUAACCCUGACCCGUGAAAUGACAGGGGCCCCCUUCUGCUCCCCAACGGGCCCCUGAGCAUUCUUACCCCUCUGUUUGAACUUCUCCUCCCAACCCCUCUCCAUCCCAUAAUGGCACCCUGCCCAGGCAGGCCCAGUGAAAGUCUCUGUGGGUGGCAGGAGGGUGCGGGGAGAGAGUUUGCUUUCUGCCUUUGUUCCCGAAGGCGAGAUGGCAGGUCCCUUUCAGUCCUGCUCCACAAUGUGGCUCUUUCUUCCUUGCAGCCCAGAGUCUCCUCCCUCUUGCCCUGGAUUAAAAGGAGCUGCGCUUUCCCCUCCUGUGUGGGAACCAGCCUGCCUCUUGCCCUGCCUGGUAGCUGAGCUGGGUAGGUGCCCGUCUCCCCUGGGGCAGGGAAGGCAGUCAGUGACCCCCCCAGUUGCAGGGAAGGCAGCCAGCCCCCAGCCCUGGAUUGCAGAGGAGAGCUGGAGCCUCCUUUCCACCUCCAGCCGGGCACCCUUUUGAUUUUUCCCUGCUUGGGAAUGCGCAGACCUUUGCCACCUGCCCAGCUCCUGCCCCGCCCCUGCCCAGAUCUCAGCCAGGACUUUACUCCCAGCCGCCAAAGCAGUCAGGGCCAAUGUUCCCUGAAGGGCGAUGCCAAGGCAUGGGCUGGCCAGGGCCGUCCUGGGCCUCAGCCUUCUCCCCGGUGCCAGGCUCUGGACGGAGGCGUUCCUGAGCCCGACCCUCAGCCCUGCUGCCUUCUUGCUUCGCAGGGCCCUACAGCGGCAGGUGAGCCAGCCAGGGAUGGCGGAGAACGGUCUGGCUCGGCGGGAGAAGGUGCUGACCCUUGAGUCCCUGAACCCCUCGGUCAAGAAGGUGGAGUAUGCUGUGCGGGGACCCAUUGUCACCCGAGCCCUCGAGCUGGAGAAGGAGCUUCAGCAGGUAAGAUGGCGGGUGUCUAAAGAUUGCCCAGAUGUCUGCCUGCCAGGGAUUCUUCAGCUGAGAUUGCUGCGUUGCAGGGGGUUGGACUAGAUGGCCCUUGGGGUUCCCUUCAAAUCAUUGCAGUUCUAUGAUUCUAAGAGAGGAACGUGCCCGUCACCGUGGCAUCAGGCCAGAGAAGCAUCCCACUACUGGCAAGACUCUUCUCUCGCCUUGAGUUGGGGAUUUAGCUAGUCGCUUUGGUUUGCAAUCAGUCUGCAAUGUUUCUAGACCAUCGUUCGAACAGAGCGUUCACACGGCUGUAAAUCCAGUAAAAGCAACCUGAAACGAUAUGAAACAAAACAGCUGGAAAGAAAGUAGGGUUUCUGUCUGGCGGGUGUGGCAUUUGCUCCAGAUGAACCGAUCUGUACUGAUGCAUGUAUUGGACACCUUUAUCAAAAUGUGCAGAGUGGCAGACAGAACUUUGAAAUUACAUACAUAAGGAAGGAACUGUCUGGCGGUAAGAGCUGUUUGACUGGUGUCUCCUUCCUCUGAGGUUUUUAAAUAGGGGUUGGAUGGCCGUCUGUCAGGAAUUCUUUAGCUGUGAACCCUGCAUUGCAGGGGGUUGGACUAGAUGACCCCUGGUUCUCUUCCAACCCUACAAUUCUACGAUUCACACAGGUGAUAAACGGCUAGACCCAAUGUCUUGGAGAACAGAGCCAGAAUACACAGCCCGGCUGUCCCCUCUUAAGAAACCAUUAAACUAAGGUUUUCCAGCAUCCCAAAAGAUAUUUGCAAGCUGAUCUGGGUGCCCCAGGAGUUUCCAAGGUACCAGAGUCUGCCCAACCCUCCCAGACAGACGUGACUUUCAGCCUCUGCACAGCGCCCAGAAGAGGGCAGGGCUCCCAGCAGGUAGACACAUUCCUUCAGGAGCUCAGGCUGCAGCAGUGGCGUAGCGUGGGUUGUCAGCACCCGGGGCAAGGCAAGUAAUUUGCGCCCCCUAACCCGUGGAUUUGCGCCCCCUAACCCUAAACCCCAGAUGUUGCGCCCGGUGCGCCCGGCCCCCCUGCACCCCCCACGCUACGCCACUGGGCUGCAGAGGGCUUGACCGAUCAAGCCCUCAGUUGCUGCUGCUGCCGGUUUGGAAGAGGGUGGGCUUCCCAAAGGGUCUGUGGGCAGCAGCUGCAGCUCCCAAAAACCUCUUGGAGGGAGCCCAGUGGCGGCAGGUAUCAAGGGGGUAUGAAGGUUGCCUGUGCUUGUGAGAGUCCUCUGACCCAGAAAGGACUGGAGCCCAACAGGCGAAUCUGGUGCACUUGGUUUCUCAGGGGUUGAUGAUGAUGAUGGCUGGCAGCCUUAAUGGUUGCAGCGAGGGUUCCUUGCAUCACACAGGGUUGGACUAAGUGGCCUCUGGGUCCCUUCCAGCUCUAGAAUUCUGUGGUUCUAGGUCUGGAGCCCAGCCAAGUCCCGUCCACCUGAAAAGUUAUGCCGGGCUUCUUAGUUUUUUGUUUUGUUUUUAAAAAAACUUUUUAAUUCAAAAUUAAAACAAAACAUAUUAUCCAGAAACAUAUCAUCCUUUUUUUCCUCCCUCCUCCCACCCUCCCACACAAAACCCACCCCACCCCACCCCAGCUUCCCUCAGUUCCAGUCUUUGAUUUCUCUGUGAAUGCUGUUUUCUGCAUGUUACACAGUUGUAUAGAUCCUCAAACGUUUUAGCUGAUUAUCAUCAAUAGAAAAGUUUGUGAAUGUUUAUUCAAAACCUGCCAAGGAGCCCAGUUCAUUUUGUUGCCUCUUCAAAUACUUUGUAAAGGGUUCCCAAUCAUCUUUAAAGUCACAGUUAUCCUUGUCCCAUAGCUUAUAUGUCAGUUUUGCCAGUUCUGCAUAGUCCAUCAGUUUUUCUUGCCAUGAUUCUUUAGUUGGGGUUUCUUCAGUCUUCCAUCCUUGUGCUAUUAGAACUCUCGCGGUCGUUGUCGCAUACAUGAAGAUGUUUUUCAGCUUUUUGGGCAGAUCUUUCCCUACAAUCCCUAACAAAAAUGCUUCAGGUUUUUAAACAAAUGUUAGAUGGAACAUUUUCUUCAAUUCAUUGUAUAUCAUUUCCCAAAAUUUUUAAAUUACAUUACAGUCCCACCACAUAUGAUAAAAUGUCCCCCCUUUUCCUUACAAUUCCAACAUAUAUUUGAGCUAGUUUUGUACAUUUUCCCUAACUGCACUGGUGUCAUGUACCAUCUGUACAUCAUCUUCAUGUAAUUCAUCGGGCUUCUUAGUUUAAGCCGGUCUUCCACAAACUGGAGCUGGUAACACUUUCAGUUCCUUAGCUGAGUUCAUGGUCCUCAAAGUCCACUGUCAAGUCAGGGCUGGAUUUGCGACCCCCGUCCUUUGUUAUGCUGAAAUCACAAUCCCUCUGGUCUCUGGGCUCUUGCAGGGGGGAUGUGGGAGCCCUCCUGCUGCUGAACACAGAGUCAUCCAUGUACGGGAUGCUUUGUGCAGUUCCCUGCCCCAAGGGACUUACAAUCUAGAAAUAGCCGCAAGGAAAACAGUGGGGGAGAAUGGAGGGAGGGGCUUGCAGGGAAAGGAGGUCGCUUGCUUGGAAGUGUCUGUAAAUGUUGUGCCUCUCUGAUCCUGGGCCUCCACACACACACCCCAGCAGAUUUGUUUUAUUUAUUUAUUCAUAAAAUUUAUAGACUGCCCCACUGUAAAUGAUACACAACUCAAAGCGGCUUGCACAAACGAUCAAAUAAUAAAAUUACCAAUCGGCAACAUGAACAACAAUAAUUAAAAACCUUUGGAAAGGUAAAAUAACAACAUGCCAAAAUCAAAUCAAAACUUUCUAAGCUCCCACACAGGCUUGUCUGAACAAGAAGGCAUUUAAAAGGUAAAGGGACCCCUGACCAUUAGGUCCAGUCGUGACCAACUCUGGGGUUGUGGCGCUAAUCACGCUUUGUACAGCUUCCGGGUCAUGUGGCCAGCAUGACUAAGCCGCUUCUGGCGAACCAGAGCAGUGCACGGAAACGCCGUUUACCUUCCCACCAGAGCGGUACCUAUUUAUCUACUUGCACUUUGACGUGCUUUUGAACUGCUAGGUUGGCAGGAGCAGGGACCGAGCAACGGGAGCUCACCCCGUCGCGGGGAUUCGAACCGCCGACCUUCUGAUCAGCAAGCCCUAGGCUCUGUGGUUUAACCCACAGCACCACCCGCGUCCGCAGGUGCCAAAAAGAGGACAGCAAAGGAACCUGCCUGACGUCAAUUGGCAGGAAGUUCCAAAGUGUAGCUGGUGCCACACUAAAAGAUUUGAGUCUCUCUGCCUCUGCAGUUGGAGUCAGGGAUGCUUCUGAAUCCCAGGUGCUGGAGUAUUCAGGAGGAGAGAAUAUUUCUCUUGUGCUCGGAUCCUGGCUUGCGGGAUUCCCUUUGGUGCAUCUGGUGGUCCACUGUGACUAAUAAUAAUAAUAAUAAUAAUAAUAGUAAUAUUUUUUUAUUUAUACCCUGCCCUUCCCGGUUCAAAAACCAGGCUCAGGGUGACUAACAACAAAUCUAAAACACUUAAUUGUAAAAGCAGCAUAAAAUACAGUAUAAAAACAUGAAUAGCAGUAAAAUUCAGAAAUCAAUUUAGGGGAAAUAAGCAUUAGAUAAUCCCCAGGGCUAGCUGGCUGAAUUGGUCCUAUUUGGGCCAGUGAGGAGACCAGGGGAGAAUUAGCUGUGGGAUCCCAGAGCAGGUGAUCUUCAUAAAAAGGGGAGGGGGAGGCAAGAGAACGGAAAUAAAAGAUCAGGCUGAGUUCAGAUUAAAGGCCAGGCGGAAUAGCUCUGUCUUACAGGCCCAACGGAAGGAGGUUAAAUCCUGCAGGGCCCUGGUCUCAUGGGACAGAGCAUUCCUCCAGGUCGGAGCCAUCACUGAGAAGGCCCUGGCCCUGGUGGAGGAUAGUCUGACUUCCUUAGGGCCUGGGACCUCCAAACUAUGGUUAUUCAUGGACCUUAAUGUCCUCUGCGGGGCAGACCAGGAGAGGCGGUCCCGUAAAUACGAGGGCCCUAAGCCACAAAGGGCUUUAAAGGUCAAGACCAGCACCUUGAACCUGACCAGAUACGCCACCAGGAGCCACCGGGACGAGCUGGGCCUCCUUUGGCCUGAUCCUGCAGGCUCUUCUUGUAUUCUGAGUUGCUGGAAGGGUCUCUUCCCUGGGGGAUACUUCUCUGUUCCUGGCAUCACAACAGCCCUGUCCGCUCCCCCCUGGCUGGCGUCCCCCUUCCCCUGAAGACUCUCACGUCCUCCUGAAUGUGCCAGGACUCUGCUGGCUGGGGCAGGAGAGCGGUCACCCAGCGUAUUGUCCCACUGCCAUGGCAACCUGCACGGUGUAUGACUCUGAAUGGGGAUCCUCGCUCUUCCUCUUGGCUCGACACCCCCUGGCGGGGGAAGCACAAAAGGAGCCUUUCGGGUGAGGAAGGGGGGCUGCCGUUCCUCAGUCCCAAGGAGGCCCCUCACCCUCCAGGCGUCCAGCCAAGCAGAGGACGCUCUCCUGGUUUCGGAGAGAGAUGCUCCUCACUGAGGCUGCCAACUGCGGUUCUCCGGUGGGACUUGUUUUCUGGAGAAAAGGAAAGCUUUUGCCGCCUCAAAGUAUUUCACUGUAGUAACUAAGGAAGAGGGCGCGGAUGGCGCUGUGGGUUAAACCACAGAGCCUAGGACUUGCCGAUCAGAAGGUCGGUGGUUCAAAUCCCCGUGACGGGGUGAGCUCCCUUUGCUCGGUCCCUGCUCCUGCCAACCUAGCAGUUCGAAAGCACGUCAAAGUGCAAGUAGAUAAAUAAGUACCGAUCCGGUGGGAAGGUAAGCGGCGUUUCCGUGCGCUGCUCUGGUUUGCCAGAAGCGGCUUAGUCCUGCUGGCCACAUGACCCGGAAGCUGCACGCCGGCUCCCUCGGCCAAUAAAGCGAGAUGAGCGCCGCAACCCCAGAGUCAGCCACGACUGGACCUAAUGGUCAGGGGUCCCUUUACCUUUUUAUAUAUCCAAUAAAGCGGAAUGUGAGAAGAUUCAGGAUAGAAGGAAGGAUUUAUUCAGGCAGAGCAAACUGUGGAACUCCCUUCCACAAGAGGCAGGGAGGGUCACUAUAAUAUCCUUUUUGAUCGGAGGUGACCAGAACUGCACAAAAUAUUAUAAAAGCUGCCACACCAUAGAUUUAUUUGUGUGUGUGUGUGAUAAGAUUUCUUUGGUGCUGAUGCGCGGCUGACUCUGGGGUGGGGCGGAAUUGGUGAUGCUGGUCGAGGGCUGCCCCCUGUGCCAAAAGCCACACCCACACAUCUUCUCCUCUUUGCAGGGGGCGAAGAAGCCCUUCACGGAAGUGAUCAGAGCCAACAUUGGUGAUGCCCAGGCAAUGGGGCAGAAACCCAUCACCUUCCUCCGCCAGGUACGGUCCGAGGGGAGGGUGGCGAGGGGGGCAGCCACAGGUGGGCUGAGGAAGGGAUGCAGGGGAUGGAGCCCCAGAGACAGCCCUGGGUGGGAAGGGGAGGGGAGGACCAGGAGGCCAGACCUGUUGGAUUUCUGCCUGGCCCAGAACUGUUAAUAAUAAAAUAAUAAUAAUAAUAAUAAUAAUAAUAAUUAUUAUUAUUAUUAUUAUUAUUUAUAUCCCGCCCUCCCCAGCCGAAGCCGGGCUCAGAGCGGCUAACACCAGUAAAAUGAUACAACAUUUUAAAAUCAUUUCAUUAUAAAAUCAGUUCAAAUCAGAUUAAUGGCAGCCAUUGGGCUAGAGUUCUGUGAGGAUUACCAAAGGAGGGGGUCAGGCUGUGCCUUGGCCAAAGGCCUGGUGGAAGAGCUCCGUCUUGCAGGCCCUGCGGAAAGAUGUCAAGUCCCGCAGGGCCCUAGUCUCUUGGGGCAGAGCGUUCCACCAGAUCGGGGCCACAGCCGAAAAAGCCCUGCAUCUGGUUGAGGCCAGCCUAACCUCCCUGUGGCCCGGGACCUCCAAGAUGUUUUUGUCCAUGGGACAUACCAGGAGAGGCGGUCCCGUAGGUACGAGGGUCCUAGGCCGUAUAGGGCUUCAAAGGUCAAAACCAGCACCUUGAACCUGACCCUGCACUCCACCGGGAGCCAGUGCAGCUGGUAUAGCACCGGGUGAAUGUGAUCUUGCAGAGAGGACCCCGUAAGGAGUCUCGCUGCAGCAUUCUGCACCCGCUGGAUUUCUGGGUCAGUCUCAAGGGCAGCCCCAUGUAGAGCGAGUUACAAUAAUCAAGCCUGGAGGUGACCAUUGCGUGGAUCACUGUGGCCAGAUCAGGGCGAGAGAGGUAAGGGACCAACUGCUUAGCUUGGCGGAGAUGAAAAAAUGCCACCUUUGUUAAAAGCUUAGGGGGAAAGUGGCUGGGGUGGUGGGGAUAUUUGAGUCCCUUGAGUUUCCAUUGAUCAAAUUGGAUUAAUGGGGGAUGGUGGGAGUUGUAGCCCAAAGAGCCAGAGGGCGCCUGCUUGGCAGAAGUCUGACUGAGAGUGUGCAACUCACUAGACUGAAAUGGGAGGGUUUUGGGAACCACGGAGGCUGGUUUUCAGCUUUGCUCUCUCCUGGCAGGUCAGCGCCCUCUGCAUGUUCCCGGACCUCUUGAAGGACCCCAACUUUCCAGAGGAUGCAAAGGAGAAGGCCCGGAGGCUGCUGGCGGCGUGUGGGGGGCACAGCAUCGGUGAGCCCCCUUUGCCUUUCCUCUGGCAUCUAUAAUAUUCCACCUUGUCACAAAUUCCAGAUCUGCUGGUCCAGGAGUUCUGAAAUAUACUCGGAGUUGAGAGUGGAUUUCAUGCUCUUUAUUCAGCUCAUAGUGGUGAGGAGGAAUGGAAGUUCCCCCAGAAUGUCUGCUUCAUAUACAUUAUUUACACAAUGGGCCCCACGUGAUUGGCUAAUUCCGGGAUUCACCAGUAGGCCAAUCAGGUUGCGGCUUCACUUCCACCUGGAGCUGGAUUGGGUGGCUCCUGUGGACCAAUCAGACUGCUGCAUUCUGGAUCCUAUUCAACUCAGUACAUAACAAGUUCCUUCUCUCCUCCUCUCUCUCCCACCUUCAGGUGCCUACAGUGUCAGCCCUGGAAUUGAGCUCAUCCGCCAGGAUGUGGCUCACUUCAUUGAGCGUCGGGACGGCGGAAUCCCCUCCAGGGCGGAAAACAUCUUCCUGUCUACAGGCGCCAGCGAUGCGAUUGUGGUAUGGGGGGCGCAGUUUGCUUGGGGCUAGAGAGUGGGCGAGGGCAUGAAGUGGGGUGGCGAGGUUUGGUUGCAGGAUUGGGGCUGCUCCAUUAACCCCACCACCACCACCACCUCUGAGACUCCCUCUUGGUCUGCCCCUUAGACGAUCCUGAAGCUGCUGGUCUCAGGGGAGGGGCGCUCCCGUACGGGGGUGAUGAUCCCCAUUCCCCAAUACCCGCUUUACUCCGCUGCUUUGGCCGAACUCAACGCCGUGCAAAUCAACUACUACCUGGACGAGGACAAAUGCUGGGCCCUGGACAUCGGGGAGCUGCGGAGGGCCCUGAAAGACGCUCGCCAGCACUGCCAGCCCCGUGCCCUCUGCAUCAUCAACCCGGGCAACCCCACCGGUAGGUCCCCGAAGCUCAGGGUACCCCAGCUGCAGGGGCAGCCUUGGGCGGUAUCUGCCCUUUCCCGCUUAUGGGGUAUCCAAGAGCCCAUAUAGAGUCCUUACAUAGGUUCCCUAGUGGUAGGAGAAGAUAACAGAGGCCAACCAGAGAAUAUUGCUAGUAAGCCUAAUCUUUAUUGAUCUGUUGCAACAGGGUCCUCACUCACCACACGCAGGAGGGAGGAGGAACCCAGAACAAUGGCGCUCAAGGCUUUAUAUAGACAUUUUAGAUUUCCUGCCCUGGAGCUCCAGACCACCCCUCCAUACAUCAUACACACAUCACAAAAGGGGGUGUAACCUAAGACCACCCCCCAUAUACAUCAUACCUAUAUCACAGAAAAGGCGGUCUACAGCAGAAAUCUGAGUGCAUUGUUGUUUAUCUCGUCUGACAGGUUACCUGUUUAAUGGUCACUUGAUUGGAUUGCCUGGGGAGCCUGGCCUGUCUUUUGUAAUGAUAAAUACUUAGUUCCUGAGCCAGGUCACAGACUCACACCCUAUUCAUAUCUUAAAUGUGCCCUUAAGACAGGAUUUGUGAAGGAAAAGACAAUGGGGAGGCUUUUCCAUUUUCCUUUGACCUUGCAGAGAAAACAUUUGGGAAUCAAAAUGGUUCCAGGUUGGCCUUCCUGUGCUGAUCUAUGUACGUGCUUGGUUGGUACACUUAGGAACAUUUAACAUGUAUCUAAGACCUCAAAAUUCCUAUCACAGUAUGGCGCCCAGUGGAGAGCAGAGCAUCUCCCCCUGCAAACUUCUCUUUGUCUCCUCUUCUCUCGCCUCAGGGCAGGUCCAAAGUCGCCAGCACAUCGAAGAUGUCAUCCGCUUUGCCUGGGAGGAACAGCUCUUCCUCCUGGCUGAUGAGGUGAGACUUUGGGACCCUCACAACCAAAGGCAGUGAUCCUUCUGCACACCAGUUGCUGGUCCCACUUGUGGGUUUCGCAACAGAGGCACUGGGAGGACAGGAUGGUAGACUAGGUGGGCCUGAUCCAGCACCCAGGCCCUUCUUAUGUUCUUGUGCAUCCCUCUUGCUCCAUUGACUCAUUGGGCCAAGGUCAGGUGGUCUCUCUUCUGGGAAAUAGGCUGGGAAUGAGAGAGGCCAAGGCAGAACAUCCGUACUCUGAUUCAUCAAGCCUCCUUGCUCCAAGAUGUCCUGGAAACUGUGCCAGGGCCUUAGAGACCCCCCCCCUUUUCCUCUUGGCCCCUUGGCCUCAUUUACUUACUCACUUACUUAUUUAACUUAGUAGUUGCUCGUCCCCCAAAGGUCCCCAAAAUAUAUUCGUAAACAUGAUAACAGGGGGGAACAGAAUUGGGAGGAAUCAUAUAACACAUUGCUAUUUCAUAUAACAUACAACUUACGGGAAAACAAGAGCAAGCCACCAGCCCCAUAAAUGGUAGCAAAUGACGUUAACAAUAUUCAAACAAUGAGCAAAACAGGGGGGUGGGUGGGUGUGGGGGACUCCCUGGUCCUGAAUGGGGUGACUGGGCCCCUGAAGGACCAGGUGCGCAGCCUGGGAGUCAUUUUGGAGGCUCAGGUCAAUUCUGUGUCCAGGGCGGCUCCAUCUGGUACGCAGGAUGAGACCCUAUCUGCUCGCAGUCUGUCUCGCUAGAGUGGUGCGUGCUCUGGUUAUCUCCCGCUUGGACUACUGCAAUGAGCUCUAUGUGGGGCUACCUUUGAAGGUGACCCAGAAACUACAACUACUCCAGAAUGCAGCAGUGAGACUAGUGACUGGGAGCAGCCGCCGAGACCAUAUAACACUGGUCUUGAAAGACCUACACUGGCUCCCAGUACAUUUCUGAGCACAAUCCAAAGUGUUGGUGCUGACCUUUAAAGCCCUAAAUGGCCUCGGUCCAGUAGAUCUGAAGGAGCGUCUCCACCCCCAUCGUUCUGCCCGGACACUGAGGUCCAGCACUGAGGGCCUUCUGGCGGUUCCCUCGCUGCGAGAAGCCAAGUUACAGGGAACCAGGCAGAGGGCCUUCUUGGUGAUGGCACCCGCACUGUGGAACGGAAGCUAAACAGCCAUGUUUAGGGAAGAUUUUAAUGUUUAAUAGGUUAUUGUAUUUUAGUGUUCUGUUGGAAGCCGCCCAUUAUUUUCAUUGAUGCUUGCGCGCCAACCCUGUGCCCCUUCCACCCCCAAGGUCUACCAGGACAACGUUUACGCCGAGGGAUCCCAGUUCCACUCCUUCAAGAAGGUGCUCUUUGAGAUGGGGCCCAAGUACUCGGGCAGUGUGGAGCUAGCCUCCUUCCACUCCAUCUCCAAGGGCUUCAUGGGCGAGUGAGUAGCCUCUUCUGCUGCACUGCCUGGGGGAUAGCCUCUUCUGCCUCCUGUGAAAUGGAAAGAGGGGAGAGUCUGGCUUCUUCCCUGGCUUAAAAUCUCCUGCCUAAUAUGGAGCCAGGAAGAGUCGGGUGGAUAUUUUAAUAUUUACGUUUGGACCAAUCCUACUGCACAGUUUUGCCCACUUCCUUAUGUCGUCAGGUGCGGCUUCCGAGGUGGUUACAUGGAGGUGAUUAACAUGGACCCCUUAGUCCAGCAACAGCUGAGCAAGCUCAUCUCUGUGCGCCUCUGCCCACCAGUGACUGGGCAGGUCCUCUUGGAUGUCGUUGUGAAUCAGCCUCAGCCUGGAGACCCUUCCUACCAACAGUUCUGCCAGGUGAGUAAAACGGGGGCUGGCGGUGCAUUGAGGGGAACUGAGGAAUUUUGGAAUCACAGCCAAUAGCAAAUUGUUGUUUAGUCGUUUAGUCGUGUCCGCCUCUUCGUGACCCCAUGGACCAGAGCAUGCCAGGCCCUCCUGUCUUCCACUGCCUCCCGCAGUUUGGUCAAACUCAUGCUGGUAGCUUCAAGAACACUGUCCCACCAUCUCGUCCUCUGUCGUCCCCUUCUCCUUCUGCCCUCCAUCUUUCCCAACAUCAGGGUCUUUUCCAGGGAGUCUUCUCUGCUCAUGAGGUGGCCAAAGUCUUGGAGCCUCAGCUUCAGGAUCUGUCCUUCCAGGGAGCACUCAGGGCUGAUUUCCUUCAGAAUGGAGAGGUUUGAUCUUCUUGCAGUUCAUGGGACUCUCAAGAGUCUCCUCCAGCACCAGAAUUCAAAAGCAUCAAUUCUUUGGCAAUAGAAACUGCCAAUAUUGUCAUGCCUUUAGAACUGUGGUUCCCAAAGUGGGUGGUAGUGCCCCCUGCUGGUGAUUCCUGGGUUGGGGGUGCACUAAGAGGCAAGUGGCAGCAGGGGGCAGUGGAGGUGUAAAUGACUAUCGGGACUUUGAAAAGCUGGUGGAUUAGCUGAAUGCCAGCUGUGCUAGUGGUGAACAAGCACUCCCCCCCCCCCCAUCACAUGUUGGCAAGCAGAGAGGUGAGGCCACAUCAGUCUAAUAACUCUCCCAUUUUGCCAGGUCACCUGCAUGGAGAUGUCUUUGGGCCAGCAGGUAAAAGGUAAAGGUAAAGGACCCCUGGACGGAUAAGUCCAGUCAAAGGCGACGAUGGGGUUGCGGCCCUCAUCUUGCUUUCAGGCUGAGGGAGACGGCGUUUGUCCACAGACAGCUUUCCAUGUCAUGUGGCCAGCAGGACUAAGCCGCUUCUGGUGCAACAGGACACCAUGACGGAAGCCAAAGCGCACUGAAACACUGUUUAACUUCCUACCGCAGCUGUACCUAUUUAUCUACUUGCACUGGUAUGCUUUCGAACUACUAGGUUGGCAGGAGCUGGGACUGAGCAACGGGAGCUCACCCCGUCAUGGGGAUUCGAACCGCCAACCUUCUGAUCGGCAAGCCCAAGAGGCUCAGUGGUUUGGACUUUGUUGUUGUUGUUUAGUCGUUUAGUCGUUUCCGCCUCUUCGUGACCCCGGGGCCCAGAGCACGCUGGGCACUCCUGUCUUCCACUGCCUCCCGCAGUUUGGUCAAACUCAUGCUGGUAGCUUCAAGAACACUGUCCCACCAUCUCGUCCUCUGUCGUCCCCUUCUCCUUGUGCCCUCCAUCUUUCCCAACAUCAGGGUCUUUUCCAGGGAGUCUUCUCUUCUUGUGAGGUAGCCAAAGUACUGGAGCCUCAGCUUCAGGAUCUGUCCUUCCAGUGAGCACUCAGGGCUGAUUUCCUUGAGAAUGGAGAGGUUUGAUCUUCUUGCAGUCCAUGGGACUCUCAAGAGUCUCCUCCAGCACCAGAAUUCCAAAGCAUCCGUUCUUCGGCGAUCAGCCUUCUUGAUGGUCCAGCUCUCACUUCCAUACAUCACUACUGGGAAAACCAGAGCUUUAACUUAUACGGACCUUUGUUGGCAAGGUGAUGUCUCUGCUUUUUAAGAUGCUGUUUACGUUUGUCAUUGCUUUUCUCCCAAGAAGCAGGCGUCUUUUAAUUCCGUGGCUGCUGUCACCAUCUACAGUGAUCAUGGAGCCCAAGAAAGUGGUUUAGACUAGGGGCGUACGUAGUGGGGGGUGGAGGGGGCGGGUUGCCCCAGGUGCCACUCUGGAGGUGUGUGUGUGACAAGAUGGCCCCUGCCUCCCCCCAGCUGUGGAGCAUCUGAGGGUGUGUGCAGUCAGUAUUGGCGCUGCUCGUGCUGCGUCCAUACGGGAGUUUGUAUAGGCUGCCUCUCACACGGUGACUGUACAGGCUGCCGCGCAUGCGCACUCCGUAUAGACGUCGCAUGUGCGCCACUGGGUGGUGUGUCCUGCCCCAGGUACCAAAGAGAGUUCCUCCGUCACUGGUUUAGACCACAGUGCCACCUGUGUCCCUAUUUGGGCCUGUAGGGGUGAGAGAUGAAUUGUGGCCAUUCAUGGCCCCUUCCUGGUUCCUUUCCUCCACCCUCUGACCUGGAGGGUCUCUCUUCCUCCUCACGAUGCAGGAAAAGCAGGCCGUGCUGAGCUCUCUGGCCCAGAAGGCGCAGCUCACGGAAGAGACCUUCAACCGAGCGCCCGGGAUCCGCUGCAACCCCGUGCAGGGGGCCAUGUACGCCUUCCCCCGAGUUCAUCUCCCACCCCAGGCUGUGCAAGAGGCACAGGUAAGGCCACACCUCCACCUGGGGCUGCAACUCCAGUAUCCUCUUUCCAGGGAGGGGCCAGGACUCAGGGGCAGGACAGAUGCUAUGUGUGCAGAAGAAGGCUGCAAGUUUGAGCCCCGGUCUCUCCAGAUGGAAGGAUCUCUUUGCCACAAAACGCUUCAUUGCUUUCGUCGCAUUUAUCUAUUCAUGCAAAUAUUUGCAUAUCGCCGCAUCACUUUAAAAGGUAUAUCAAAGCGGUUGGCAGCAAUAAAUACAUAAAUCCAUGCAAUAAAACUGCAAAGAAGUUAAACCAUGCAUCAUUUAAGAGUUGUGGAAAGGUGGCCUUCUCAAUUGCCAGUCUAGGCCUGGCAGAAUAGAAGAUGUCUGCUGAAUCUCUAAGGUAGAAGUUUCCACAGGACAGGCCUGGAGACAUUUCUCAUUGUCGUCCCAUGAGCCUCACCAUGGGCUUGGGUUGACCAGGUACCUUUUUGGAAGUUGUGUGUCUUUGAUUCUUUGUCCUGCCUGGGACUCCCCUUCCAGAACUUGGCUGCCCAUCUCCAGAGCACUGAGCUCCCUCAGCUUCCAAGCUGGUAGCAUCCCACUCCCAUCUCUCCAGAACAUGGACUGGCUCCCAUCUCCCGGCCCCCCACCCCAAAGCAUCUCUAUGUCACUAGCUCUUGUCUCCCCCUUCCCUUCUCCCAGGCCCUGGGCCAGGCGCCAGACAUGUUCUUCUGCCUGAAGCUUCUGGAGGAGACGGGCAUCUGUGUUGUGCCAGGGAGUGGCUUUGGCCAGAAGGAAGGGACCUUUCACUUCAGGUAAAGACCCUCUUGGUUCCCUGUGGUCUCUCUCCAUUCCUGGGACUCCAGGUGGGGUCUCAGGCUCUCACCCCCAUCGUUCUGCCCGGACACUGAGGUCCAGCUCCGAGGGCCUUCUGACGGUUCCCUCACUGCGAGAAGCCAAGUUACAGGGAAUCAGGCAGAGGGCCUUCUCGGUGGUGGCACCCGCCCUGUGGAAUGCCCUCCCACCAGUUGUCAAAGAGAAAAACAACUUUCUGACUUUUAGAAGACAUCUGAAGGCAGCCCUGUUCAGGGGAGUUUUUAAUGUGUGACAUUUUGAUGUAUUUUUAAUCCUUGUUGGAAGCCGCCCAGAGUGGCCCUUGGAGCUGGAUCUCAGUGUCUGGGCUGAACAAUGAGGGUGGAGACGCUCCUUCAGGUAUACUGGACCAAGGCCAUUUAGGGCUUUCAAGGUCAGCACCAACACUUUGAAUUGUGCUCGGAAAUGUACUGGGAGCCAAUGUAGGUCUUUCAAGACUGGUGUUAUGUGAUCUCGGCUGCUGCUCCCAGUCACCAGUCUGGCUGCUGCGUUCUGGAUUAGUUGUAGUUUCCGGGUCACCUUCAAAGGUAGCCCCACAUAGAGCGCAUUGCAGUAGUCCAAGCGGGAGAUAACCAGAGCAUGCACCACUCUGGCCAGACUGUCUGGGGGCAGGGAGGGUCUCAUCCUGCGUACCAGAUGGAGCUGGUAGACAGCUGCCCUGGACACAGAAUUGACCUGUGCCUCCAUGGACAGCUGUGAGUCCAAAAUUACUCCCAGGCUGCGCACCUGGUCGCUUCCUUUAAAGGACGAUUGGACACAUUCAUGGAGGAGGAGGAGAGGGCUACUGGUGGCUGUGAGCUCUGAUGGCAAUGUUCUGCCUCCACAGUCAGACGCAGCCAGGCUUCUGAGUCCUAGUUGCUUGAAGGCUCCAGUGCUCAGGUCCUGCUGACAGGGUCUCAGUCUUACUUGCACGCGAGAAAGAGAGGGUUGCCUCUGUCAGGCGAUGGGCGGAUAAGGUGCUCCUUGGGUCUCUUCCAGCUCUACACUCCUUUGAGCCAGUGUGGUAUAGUGGUUAAGAGCAGUGGACUCAUAUUCUGGUGAACCGGGUUCGCUUCCCUGCCCUUUCACAUGCAGCCAGGGCCUUGCAGAGGCCCAGGCCAGGUAGAUAAUGCCCCCCCCUUUUUUACCCUGGGGAUAACUGAAGUCCUAUACAUAAGUAAGUAUUGUUAUGUACUGAGUUGAAUAGGAUCCAAAAUGCAGCAGUCUGAUUGGUCCUAGAACAAUAGGAUCCAGAAUGCAGCAGUCUGAUUGGUCCUGGAAUAAUAGGAUCCAGAAUGCAGCAGUCUGAUUGGUCCUAGAACGAUAGGAUCCAGAAUGCAGCAGUCUGAUUGGUCCUAGAACGAUAGGAUCCAGAAUGCAGCAGUCUGAUUGGUCCUAGAACAAUAGGAUCCAGAAUGCAGCAGUCUGAUUGGUCCUAGAACAAUAGGAUCCAGAAUGCAGCAGUCUGAUUGGUCCUAGAACAAUAGGAUCCAGAAUGCAGCAGUCUGAUUGGUCCACAGAAGCCACCCAAUCCAGCUCCAGGUGGAAGUGAAUCCGCAACCGGAUUGGCCUACAGGAGAAUCCCGGAAUUAGCUAAUCACGUGGGGCCCAUUGUGUAAAUAAUGUAUAUAAAGCAGACAUUUCGAGGGAACUUCCAUUCCUCACCACUAUGAGCUGAAUACAGAGUAUGAAAUCCACUCUCGACUCCGAGUAGAUUUCAUACAUAAAUAAUUUUCACAAAAGUUAUGCUGACAAAUAAUUUUAUUUCAAGGCUUGAACCGUAUCUGCAUAUAAAGACAAAAUGGAAAAUAUAGAUAAAUAUGCUGGCUGAGGUCCCCUUUGGAAUCGGAGGCCUGGGCCAAGUGGCCCAUAUGCCCCCCCCCCGUCUGGGCCUGCAUGCAGCUGCUGGGUGACCUUGGGCCAGUCACACUUCUCUGAAGUCUCUCAGCCUGACCUACCUCACAAGGUGUCUGUUGUGGGGGUGGAAGGGAAAGGAGAUUGUGAGCUGCUUGGAGACUCCUUCGGGUAGCGAUAAAGCGGGAUAUCAAAUCCAAACUCCUCUUCUAACUCUUCUUCUUCUGUGAACCUCUCCUUUCUCGCUCUGCCCCAGAAUGACCAUCCUGCCGCCCCUGGAGAAGCUGAAGGUUGUCUUGCAGAAGAUGAGCCAGUUCCACGCCAAAUUUACCCAGGAAUAUUCUCAGCUCCAGCUGCUGGGCAACAGCCAGAAGACAGCAGAGAAGCAGGGGCAAUAGGGUGGGGGCUCUUGCCCGAAUCUCCUCCCUGCCUUCAUGCCACUGCCAGUGGGACUCCCGACCCAGAAGGCACGGUCUGGAACUGGGAUCAACUCUGCUCUCCGGAGAGCAGCCUCUGACGCACUUCAGAGCCCCUCUUAAUAGCUCGUUCCCAUAGACAAGGCCUCAGUGUACUGGGAGGGGGAAUGGGCACAACCUGGUCUCGGCUCCCAGGGACCUGGCACCCCCUUUCCCUUGGCUCACGAUGCCAUCUCUGCCAUGCCUCCUCAGAGAGAAGAGCCUUCGCAGCUUCCCAGUCUGGCUUCUCUGCCCUCCAGAUGGACAAGAGGGUGGGUGGCAGAGAAGGGGCGGCAGUGGGGUGUCUCUGGGGUGAGCAGAAUGAGCAGUGGGGCAGGUGUCAAGCCCCACAAAGUCACCUUCUGCUCGGACUUUGAGCCCUGAUGUAGACCUGAGACAAUUCCCUCUGUGAACGGAGGGGGGUGGGAUAGCUGAGGGUCUAUUAAAGCCCCCAUGAUAAACCAGAGCCGCCUCCGGACUGUCACUGAGGGGCUUUCCAGACUGCUGCCAUUUUAGGGUGGGAUUCAGUCCUGUGCCAGCAAAUCCUGGUUGUAAAACUGGAGCGGAUUUGGUGCUUCUGCCCUCCCAAGAGAAGCUUGUCUUUUUGCAGGAAGGGAAGUGGUGGGGAAAUGCUGUGGAGCAUGGGAGAACCCUUGCUUGGUGCAACAUCAUUUACCAUAUUUUUCGCCCUAUAGGACGCAAUUUUUCCCCUCCAAAAAUGAAGGGGAAAUGUGUGUGCGUCCUAUGGGGCGAAUGCAGGCUUUCGCUGAAGCCUGGAGAGCGAGAGGCGUCAGUGCGCACCGACCCCUCUCACUCUCCAGGCUUCAGGAAGCUAUCCGCAAGCCUCGUGUGCCUGGCGGGAGGUCCUGCCGGGCGCGCAAGGCUUGUGGGCAGCAGCCUGCAGCCCGAAGCACAGGGCGCGCUGCGUAGCACGCCCCGUGCUUUGGACAGAUGUGGGCAAGCCUCACGUGCCCUGCAGGAGGUGCCGCCGGGCGCGCAAGGCUUGGGGCGGCAGCCUGUUCUGGGGGUUGGGGGAAGCUCAGGCUUCCCCCGUGCCAGCCCCCACGCCUGGGGGGGAAAUAAUUUCCCCCCCUUUAUUUCUCCCCCCAAAAAACAAGGUGCGUCCUAUGGGGCGGUGUGUCCCGUGGGGCGAAAAAUACGUUAACUUCCCUGCAAGCCUUCUGCAGACAAAUUGGAACCAAGGCUCAGUCAGUGGGGUUUCUGCAGAAGGGAUUCAAGAGCGGACUGGGCAUUUACUGAGGUCGGCAAAGUUAAAACACUCUGUUGCCCAAGCUCAACAAAUCAACUUUUAAUAAGCCUUUUGUGGUUAGGAAAGUGAUGAGAAAUGUACACAUAAGCACACCCUGUGACCUCUAGGUAUAGGGCAGUAUAUAAAUUCAAUAAUAAAGAAAGAAAGAAAGAAAGAAAGAAAGAAAGAAAGAAAGAAAGAAAGAAAGAAAGAAAGGUGAAUACUCAGUAAGCAGGUUGCCUGGAGGAAUCCUAGCCUGGAAGGGGGAGUCUCCCCUUCUGUGCCUUCCAGCCAACGGCAUUUGGAAGCAAUUGCUCUCUCCAACGGUGGACUCAGAGUGUAGACAUCUGGCUUAAUAGCCAUUGAUAACCUGCUUCUCUGUGAAUUUUGUCAGUUUCUUUUAAAGUCGUCUCAGUUAGUGGCCCUCCCUGCCUCUUGUGGAAGGGAGUUCCACAGUUUGCUCUGCCUGAAUAAAUCCUUCCUUCUAUCCUGAAUCUUCUCACAUUCUGC